UCAUCCUGCCCGGAGAAGCCGCAGAGUUUCAUCGAACUCCAAGCUUGUGUUUCUGCCUCGACUUUUGUUAUCUUUUGCUUUUUUACAUUUAGUAGUUGUGGUGGUAAUUAAUCCACUCCGUUGUGAUGCGCAUUCCCGUAGAUCCCAGCGAGCGGAGGUUCAGCCCGCCGUCCAACAGCCUCCAGUCGGUGCCGGGCAAGAUGACCGACGUGAGCUCGCCGGGAGCCGGGCAGCCCGACGCGGCGGCGGCGGUGCCCCGACUGCGGGCUCAUGAGAACCGCAGCAUGGCCGAGAUCAUCGCGGACCACCCGGCCGAGCUGGUGCGCACCGACAGCCCCAACUUUCUGUGCUCGGUGCUGCCGUCACACUGGCGAUGCAACAAGACGCUGCCGGUCGCCUUCAAAGUGGUCGCCCUAGGAGACAUACCUGACGGCACGGUGGUCACGGUGAUGGCGGGAAAUGACGAGAAUUACUCAGCUGAGCUGCGCAACGCCUCGGGCGUGAUGAAGAACCAGGUGGCGCGCUUCAACGACCUGCGCUUUGUGGGCCGCAGUGGCAGAGGCAAGAGCUUCACGCUGACAAUCACAGUAUUCACCAACCCGCCGCAAGUGGCCACUUACCACAGAGCCAUUAAGGUCACCGUGGAUGGACCGCGGGAGCCCCGGCGGCAUCGCCAGAAGCUGGAGGACGCACCCAAGUCGGGCCUCUUCUCAGACCGCCUCAGUGAGCUGGAGAGGAUGAGGGUGAGAGUGACGGUGCCCGCUCAGGCCGCGCGUCCCGCACUCGCCACGGCGGCCAACACGUUCAACCCGCAGGGACAGACGCAGAUUACUGACCCGCGUCAGUCUCAGUCCUCUCCCCCCUGGUCUUACGAACAGACGUAUCCGUCCUACCUGAGUCCCAUGGCGUCCCCCUCAGUCCACUCCACCACCCCCCUCUCUUCCAGCCGAGGCACCGGCCUGCCCGCCAUCAGCGACGUGCCUCGACGCUUGGCAGGGUCCUCAGACCUGAGUCCCUUCCCGGGUCAGUUUGAGCGGCAGUUCCCGGGCCUGUCGUCGCUGACGGAGAGUCGCUUCAGCAGCCCCCGCAUGCACUACCCGGCCACCUUCACCUACACACCGCCCGUCACCUCGGCCAUGUCGCUGGGCGGCGCCCACUACCACACGUACCUCCCGCCGCCCUACCCGGGCUCCACCCAGAGCCAGAGCGGACCCUUCCAGACCAGCAGCACCCCCUACUUGUACUACGGCGCCUCAUCCGGCUCCUACCAGAUCUCCAUGGUGCCCGGAGGGGACCGCUCGCCGUCCCGCAUGGUGCCGCCGUGCACCAGCGCCUCCACGGGCACCUCGCUGGUAAACCCCAACCUGCCCGGCCAGACCGAGGGCGGGGUGGACGGGGACGGGAGCCACAGCAACUCCCCCACUGUCCUCAACCCGGGCGGCCGCAUGGAUGAGGCCGUGUGGCGGCCAUACUGACGACAGCACGUGACUGAAAGGAGAUUUUUUUCUCCAACAAACAAACUCCUGACUUGUGCGAACUCGUCUUCCUGGAAUGUCGGGAAGGAAAAAAGGCUCGCAGCAAACGAGCGACCAGCAGCUAACUCAGUAAGGGAAGCCUUUUAUUUUGUACCAAAAGCUUAUUUUGCAUGUUUUCGUAUGGGACAGACGCACUGAGAGGACAGUUAUUUAAAGUGUACAUUGCUUCCUGUUAACUUAUGAAGCCAUAACUUAUCUAUUUUCAAAACUUGAGUCUUUGCAACGAACUUCAAAAAGUGACCUAAUUUAAGACUUUUGUUCUUCCCAAAGAUGAGCGAGUCCAAGCUUGGAUAUUUAUUGAGCGCCACGUCGUCCUUCAGUUACUACGAUCCUCACACGCACACCUUGGACGCUACGUCCUGCAGACAAUCAGUGAAGUCGCGAUAAAAGAGCUCAGGACCAAAAUACCCCAACACACACACACACACUUUUUUAUUGAUUUCCAAAAAAAGACGACUUUGUGAAAGUUUGUCAGAGUGUUUGACGCUCGCCUCGUCUUCCUUCCUUUUUGUCCUUAAUAAUUGACGAAGCACUUAUUCUCCAUCUCCUUUGGAACGUCACAUGACCUCAACCCGUUGCCUGAUUGGCUCAUAACUGUCAACGAAACCGGAGUUUGUGUCGUCCUCUGUGAUCAUGUUUGAUGUACCAAAUGUUCUUAAAUUUAGUAGCAUUUUGUACCAGUGAUUUCUUUUUUCAGGUGAAUUUCCAAAAAAGGUCGUUUGAUAUUCCAAAGAGUCUGAAUUUUGUAAGAUUCUCUACAAAAGGGGUGCAAUAAGUGAAAGAAAAAUCAACAAAUGAUGUUUCCUUUGUAGCAUUAUUAGCAAUCUUUGUGAAAUUCUCAAUAGAAUUCAAGUAUCAUUUUUGAUUGUGACCUCACUGCCAGCUUCUCCAUUUGUUAUUCCACAAAAUACUGUUUGACUCAUUGUAGGAGGAUUUUCUACCAAAAUAAAUGCUGUCUAAUUUGG